AUGAGAGAGAAAUUCGACAAGUAUUGGAGUGAAUAUAGUAUAGUAUUAGCCUUUGGGGCUAUACUAGAUCCAACCAAGAAGCUCAAUUUCUUGACAUUUGCAUAUCAAAAAAUUGAUCUAUUAGAAGCUAAAGAGAAGUUGGAGAAUGUCAAGAAUAAGUUGUCUAGGUUGUAUGAAGAGUAUGUUAAAAAUGGUAGUCAUUCUUCUAAUGAGUUUGAAGAGUACGAAAGUCAAACAAUUAAUGUUGCGGGAACAUCUGAUCUUGAUGAUUAUUUAGCCGAGCAAAGGCUUCCGCCAAUAUGUGGUUUUGAUAUAUUAGCUUUUUGGAAGGAGAGAAGUCGAAGAUGUCACGAUCUUGCAAAAAUGGCUUGUGAUAUAUUAAGCAUUCCAAUAACCACUGUGGCAUCGGAAUCUACUUUUAGCAUUGGUGCUAGAGUUUUGAACAAGUAUAGAAGCUCUUUGAAAGAUGACACGGUUCAAGCUCUCAUGUGCUCACGUAGUUGGCUGCAUGGUUUUGUAGAAUAUGACAGUGACAAUGAUGAAGAUGGAGAUAAGAAAGAAGUCAUUAGUUCAGAAGGACCAAAUCAAUGA